AUGGCUACACCUGCAAAGAUGCGUCUGCGCUCCGACAAGCACUUGGGCAACAUCACCAAGCGCGGUCGUGUUUCCCAGCCUGCCAAGGAAGAGAAGGGGUACAGCGUGGGUCCGUUGCUGCUUGGCUUCCUCGUGUUCGUGCUCGUGGGCUCGUCCCUGAUCCAGAUUCUACAGAUGGCCAAGUCCAGCAAGUGA